UUGAUGGUCAUGUGACAAGAGGACGCGGAUCCGAAUCCGAGCGAAUAAACGCAAUCUCAGAGGAGAGCGGUUUCAAAUCAUAGCAUGUCCGCUUAUCUGUACGCUUCUGUGCUGUUAUAGCAUAUACCGCUUCAGAUGUGGACUUCAUGAUGUUAGUAUAGUAGAUCGUUUAUAAUACAUCGUUUAACUGUGCUGACGAGCCUGUAGAUGCAGCGUCUCCGCAGGGAAGCUUUUGAUCAGUGAAGCUAUCAGUGGCAAAUUACACCCCACCAAAGCAAGCAUGGCCUCUGAUAUCAACUAUCAGGAUGGCCCAGACCGUUCUAGAAGAGAUGAGAGCCCCGCCGAAGAUGAGCCCAUCCAUUCACCCAGUUCCCUACGACAGACAGAAUAUGAACGAAUCGGAGGAAGAACAGGAUCCUCGUUUUCUCAGACUAUAAUUCAUUUACUUAAAGGAAAUAUUGGUACGGGACUCCUCGGGUUGCCUCUGGCUGUCAAGAAUGCAGGGCUCGUGGUGGGGCCUAUAAGUCUUCUGGCUAUGGGAAUCGUGGCUGUUCAUUGCAUGAACCUCCUUGUGAAAUGUGCACAUCAUCUAAGUGCAAAGAUGGGCAAGCCCUUUCUUUCCUACGGAGAUGCAGUGGCGUAUGGCAUGGAGAACGUGUCGUGGCUGAGCAGACACUCUUUGUGGGGAAGGCGUGUGGUGAAUCUGUUCCUCAACAUAACCCAGCUGGGUUUCUGCUGUGUUUACUUUGUGUUCCUCAGCGACAAUGUCAAACAGGUGGUUGAGACUGCAAACGGGACGACCGUGAACUGUCACAACAACGAAACGGCAGUGAUUGUCCCCAGCUACGACUCUCGCCUCUACAUGCUCUUCUUCCUGCCCUUUAUCAUCGUGUUGGUGUUUAUCCGCAACCUCAAGUACUUGGCCCCGCUGUCGUUUGUGGCAAACAUUUCCAUGUGUAUCAGCCUGGUCCUCAUAUACUACUACUGUCUGACGAAUAUUCCAUACCCUAUCAACCUCCCGCUGGCAGGAAGAGGAGUUGACUAUCCUCUCUUCUUUGGAACAGCAAUUUUCGCCUUUGAGGGAAUUGGAGUUGUGCUACCACUUGAGAAUAAGAUGCAGAAUCCCAGAAACUUCACCACGGUCCUGUAUAUUGGCAUGGGCAUCGUCACCACCCUCUACAUCACCCUGGGCACCAUCGGCUACAUUGGCUUCGGAGAGCAUAUUCGAGGCAGCAUCACAUUGAAUUUACCGUUGUGCUGGUUAUAUCAGACCGUGAAGCUGCUUUACUCUUUUGGGAUCUACAUAACUUAUGCGCUGCAGUUCUACGUGUCAGCAGAGAUCCUGAUCCCACCGGCGGUGGCGCGCUGUGGUCCUAGAUGGGCGUUGAUGGUGGACCUCAGCAUCCGCGUGGCUCUCGUAUGCCUCACAUGUGCUCUGGCCGUAUUGAUCCCGGAGCUUGACCUGGUCAUCUCUCUGGUGGGCUCCGUGAGCAGCAGCGCUCUGGCCCUCAUCAUCCCUCCCCUGCUUCAGAUCAUCACCUUCCAUAAUGAAGACAUGAAGCUGUGGGUGAUGGUUAAGGACAUCGCCAUCAGUCUCAUUGGCUUUGUAGGCUUUGUGGCGGGAACGUACAUCUCCAUCCAGGAGAUUGUGGCACGGAACAACAGCAGACACAACAGCACUCACCUGCAGCUGCUGUGAAUGCUGACGCAGCGACAGAUUAAAUGUUGGCCGUGCAGACCGGCUGAAUCAUUUACUUACUACAUGCUCCUUUGAUUUCUGCUAAAUUUCACUUGGGAUUCUUCUUUCUGAAAGUCCGUAGAUGGCUCAUGGAUUUUUUAUGUGUUUUUGUCCUUCAGUUUUUGCAGCACUAAAGUCUCUUCAUAUCAAGUUCCCAAGUUACUUUGACCUCGUUUUUACAAAAUCUUUUGGGUCAAACAGCCUUUUCAUCCCAAUUUUAAGGUGAAUAUUAACAGAAUAAUAUCUGUAUUGCUCAUUUUAAUGGCUUGUUUACAGUGUUUCAGUGCCACAAACAGAUUCCUAUCACAUUAAUUUAGACUUAACAGGUUCUCACGUGUUGUUUACUCAUUCGGAGUAGUUGCAAUUGGAAAGAAGCGGCGUCAACAAUUUCAGUUUGUAACUGUGUUUUUGUAUUCUUAGGGCUCUUGGUUUCAAGACAAAAAGCGAGUUAUUUACUUCUGCAUAUUACACACAGACUCAACCUAGACUUGAUUGUAAAUAUGUGGAAAAUCCAUUCAAAGUACAGAAUGUUUGCACAAUUACACAAUACCCAGUACCUCUCAAUCUCAAUCAAUCAAAAGAUUAGUCAGAUCCGUGGUCUUUAAACAAUUUUAUCUGCACCGUGUCUGCUGUUGUUGUUUUUUUUUAUUGAUUUAUAUAUUUAAGUAAUUUUUUAUUGGUUUAUUUUUAUUUGUGCCAUCUCACACAUCAAACAGUCUUUUAUAUUCAACAGGUGCGUUAUCUACAAGUUGUAGUUUUUUCAGUACAUAUAACCAGAUUUCUUUCCAGAUGUGCAGUGUACAAUUGUUUUAAAACAGACUCCAGAUCUCAUGAUGUUCAGCACACAAAACACUUCAAGUUCAGGCAGACCAACAGAAGUGUGUUUUAAUCGUAUGCAUGUUGAGUAACUUUAAUUUUAAAACACUUGUACUGUUGUGUUAAACACACUUUUUACUGAGGUACUUGAAUUUUUUAUUUUUGUUUUUUGGUUGUAUGAAAGUGCUAUAUAAAUAUAUAUAUAUAUAUAUACAGUGCUGCUCACUAAUAUUGGCACCUUUGGUAAAUAUGAGCAAAGGGGGCUGUGAAAAUAAAUCUGCAUUGUUUAUCUUUUUAAUCUUUCAUUCCAAAAAUUCACAAAAUUCAAUGUUCAUUGACGUAAAACAAUUUAAAGUGGGGGGGAAACUCACAUUAUGAAAUAAAUGUCCAAAUUCCCUUAAUCAUCCAUCUCAAGGAGUGAAACCUAAGAAUAUAGUUCUGACGUGCAGAACAAGAUUGUUGAGCAUCACAAAAUAGAAAGUGGCUGUAAGAAAAGAGUUAAAGCAUUGAAAAUCCCCAUUUCCACCAUCAGGAUAAUAAUUAAGAAUUUCCAAUCAACUAAAGAUGUUAAAAAUCUGCCUGGAAGAGGACGUGUCUAUAUCGUCGUAAUGCACGGUGAGGAGGAGAGUUUGAGUGGCCAAAGACUCUCCAAGGAUCACAGCUGGAGAAUUGUAGAGAUUAGUUGAAUCUUGGGGUCAGAAAGCCUACAAAUAUAUAUAUAUAUAUAUAUAUAUAUAUAUAUAUAUAUAUAUAUAUAUAUCUCAAACAUCCCUUGCAUCACCACAUGUUGUUCAAAUGGGUUUCAAGAAAAAUUCUCCUCACUCAUCCAAAAACUAACUCCAGCGUAUUCAGUUAUCAGACACGACUGGAACUUCAAAUGGGACUGGCUUCUAUGGUCAAAUGAAACUAAAAAAGAGCUUUCUGGCAGCAAACACUCAAGAUGGGUUUGGUGCAAACAGGGAUAAAAAGUACGCCAUGUCCAUGUUUAAAUAUACUGCUGGAUCUAUAAUGUUGUGGGCCUAUAUUUCUGCUGGAGGUCCUGGACAUCUUGUUUAGACACAUGGCAUCAUGGAUUCUAUCAAAUACCAACAGAUAAAAAAUCAAUAAGUGACUGACUCUGUUAGAAAUCUUAUAAUGGGUCAUAUUUGGAUCUUCCAACCGUACAAUAAUCCAAACACAAACCUCAAAAACAACACAAAAAUGUGUCACUGAGCACAAAACCAAGCGUCUGCUGGCCAUUCCAGUCCUCUGACCUGAACCCUGUAGAAAAUGAGUGAACUGAAGAGAAGAAGCACCAACAUGGAGCUGUGAAUCUAGAGGGUCUGGAGUGAUUCUGGAUGAAGGAAUGGUCUCUGAUCUCUUGUCAGGUGUUCUCUGACCUCAUCAGGCAUUAUAGGAGAAAACUCGGAGCUGUUUUUUCAGGAAAAGGAUGUUGCAAUAAUUGGGUGCCAAUAACUGGCUAAUGUGAACUAGAGAAAACUUUCCAUUGUUUUACUUCAAUGUAAGGUUAGAAUUUUGUAAAUUUUUUUGGACGAAACAUCAAAAGGAUAAACAAUGCAGAUUUAUUUUCACAGCCACCUCAUAUUUACCAAGGGUGCCGGUAUUAGUGAGCAGCACUGUAUGGUUGGCAGUGCCAAAGUUAUUUACUGGAGAGUUUUCUUUAAUAUAUAUAUAAGAUUUACGGUAAUUUUUAAGUUGCAUUCAACUGCUGCUUUUGUAAUUGCAGUGUUACUUGUUUUGAUUUUGUGACUUCAUGUAUUUUUGUGUUAUUGUACAUAUGCUGUAGGUCAUUUAUUCAUGCUCACCUUGUUGAAAAUGAACAUAUGUGACCCUGGAGCACAAAACCAGUCUUAAGUCGCUGGGGCAUAUUUGUAGCAAUAGUCAAAAAUACAUUGUAUGGGUCAAAAUUAUUGAUUUUUCUUUUAUGCCAAAAAUCAUUAGGACAUUAAGUAAAGACCAUGUUCCAUGAAGAUAUUUAGUACAUUUCCUACUGUAAAUAUAUCAAAACUUAAUUUUUGAUUAGUAAUAUGCAUUGCUAAGAACUUCAUUUGGACAACUUUAAAGACGAUUUUCUCAAUAUUUAGAUUUUUUUGCUCCCUCAGAUUCCAGAUUUUCAAAUAGUUGUAUCUCAGCCAAAUAUUGUCCGAUCCUAACAAACCAUACAUCAAUGGAAAGAUUGACCCUUAUGACUGGUUUUGUGGUCCAGGGUGACAUAUCUUACUUUAAAAUAGAUUAAAUAUGUAAAGGUAAGAUUCUACAAAUAGAGAAGCGUCACAUUGCUCAUUUUUGUACAUAUUACUAGUUAAUUUAUUUGUGGAUUAUCAACAUUAGAGUUUCAAGGUCCACCUGUUGAAUUGCGUCAUUGUCUUUCUAGUUCAUGUAAAACAGCAGGCCUUGAGAGCUGCUAUGUGCUCUGUGUUUGAAUUAAAGAAACGAUAGCCUGUCUUGAUGUUA